UUCUAGUCAGAAAACAUUUAUCGUUCCUAAUUUACAGUGCUGAUUUAGUCACUUAGGUUUAUAGUUAGGUGUUCGCAACGUUUUUAAAUUUUGAAAGAGGCCACACCAUGGACGAAACUCUAAAUCUGGGUAUCAGCGACAUUCAAAACCGCCUUAAUGCCUUUGCGGACAGCGAGGAAGAUGGCCCAGUUGAAGGCGGAGGCCAAGUCACAACCGGAAACGUACAUGAAGGCAGAGGUGGACGUGGAAGAUGGAGGGAUACCAGAGUACUUUUCUUUUUUAGCCAGCUGUUCGACCUGAUGUGGGGAAGCGUCUUUCUAACCACCUACGUGGAGCGUGGAAGGAAUGAGUACUUUGCUGGAUUUAGCAAUGUGAACCUUUUCACAACGUUCCUAGGUGAUCGGCACUCAAGUCAGUACCUAUGGAUCCACCUGUCGCUCGUUUUCCGCGCUUCGACCUUCGCGGUUUCCGCGGUGGACUCGCUUGAAUAACAAAAAAAAAAAACAAAAAUGAAAUGGAAAAAUAAAAUGAACGAAAAGCUGAAGACACCGUGUCACAGCCAAAUUGAAAUUCCGCUUGGCUUUCGUUCGGAGCUGCUAUUGUUGCCCCCUUUUCUAUAUCUGUGGCACACCUCGGGCGUGAGUGUGUGUUUGUGACAUUUUGGCAGCGGUUCAACGGAAAAACGUUUGGCAGCACGGCCAGAAAAUGAUAAGCUCAGGCAGCGGGAAAAGAAAAAAGCGGGAAAACUCCAACGAUACGGUUCACUGAGCUAAAUAAAAAUUGAAAAAAGUGUAA